AUGGCUACCCCGCCCAAGAGAAGCUGCCCAUCGCCCGCGACCAGCUCUGAGGGGACCCGCGUCAAGAAAAUCUCCAUCGAAGGGAAUAUCGCUGCAGGGAAGUCAACGUUUGUGAAUAUCCUUAAACAAGUCUGUGAAGAUUGGGAAGUGGUUCCUGAACCUGUUGCCAGAUGGUGCAAUGUUCAAAGUACACAAAAUGAAUUUGAGGAACUGACAACGUCUCAGAAAAGCGGUGGCAAUGUUCUUCAGAUGAUGUACGAGAAGCCUGAACGAUGGUCUUUUACCUUCCAGUCAUAUGCCUGCCUCAGUCGAAUACGAGCUCAACUUGCCUCUCUCAAUGGCAGACUCAAAGAUGCCGAGAAACCUGUAUUAUUUUUUGAGCGAUCUGUGUAUAGUGACAGGUAUAUUUUUGCAUCUAAUUUGUAUGAAUCUGACUGCAUGAAUGAAACAGAGUGGACAAUUUAUCAAGACUGGCAUGACUGGAUGAAUAACCAGUUUGGCCAAAGCCUUGAACUAGAUGGAAUCAUUUAUCUUCGAGCCACUCCAGAGAAAUGCUUGAAUAGAAUAUAUUUACGGGGAAGAAAUGAAGAACAAGGCAUUCCUCUUGAAUAUUUAGAGAAGCUUCAUUAUAAGCACGAAAACUGGCUACUGCAUAGAACACUGAAAACCAACUUUGAUUAUUUACAGGAGGUACCUAUCUUAACCCUGGAUGUUAAUGAAGACUUUAAAGACAAACAUGAAAGUCUGGUUGAAAAGGUGAAAGAAUUUUUGAGCACUUUGUGAUCUUGCUGAAGACUACAGGCAGCCGAAUGUUUCCAGACACUUCAGUUUUGUAUAUCUUUGUAGUUCCAUAUUCAUACACAUCUCUAGAAAACCCAAGUUUUUAACCAUUUUUACUGCAAGAAAAACAUGUUUUUUUUUUUUUAAGAUGAAUCCUUUGCAAAAGUUUACAACUUGUUACUUAACUGGAAACUUAAAUGUUACAUAGCAAAAGGUAGCAUGUUCUGUGUAAAUCAGUGUACUAUUAAAAGUUGAAAAGUAAAACUUAGGAACUCUCUAGACUAAGAAUUCUGAAGUUUAAAAUGUUUUUGAUCAAGUGCCUCCCUUCCAACCUAGUUUAUCUUGAAGAUAAGGCUAGAUUUAAUAGUUAAUCACUUUGUUGAUUUUUAUUGAUGUGUCUAUGACACAUUUAUAAAGCAGCAGGUUAGGCUUUGUUCCCACUUUGGUAGUGAUAUAAUCUAUCUUAUAAGUCAUUUAAUCUUUUCUCUGCCUUUGUUUCUUCAUCUGCAGUAUGGAUGAGACUUCUUUCAUCCUUUUGCAUGGAAUUCUGGGGAUUAAAGAGGAAAUGCUUCUAUACUUAAAAGAUAACUGAAAGUUGUUACUUGAGCAUAAAGAUUCCAAUUACAUGGAGCUUAAAAUAGCUCCCCGCUUUAUCCCUUCUCAGAUUAUUCUUCUAGGAUGGAAAAAUAAUUAUUAUAGUUGAAAAAAAUUUUUUUAAAAAAAAAAAACUAUGGUUGUCCUUAAGUCAUUUGAGUUGGAAGUACAGUUUUCCCUAAAUUUCUUUCCAAAAAGGUAAUGUUAGUGGAACAUAAUGAGAGAUUAGUUUUUCCAUUUUAUUCUCUAUUGUUCCUGCACUAGGAUUGAGUGGUCUUUCUUUACCUUAAACUUGGUGAUGUGUUAAAAGCGAAACUCUGAAACCGAAGUAGAUUAUUUUAGCAGUUUGGUCUGUUUAGUCCCAAUUCUUACUUCCUACUGCAUCUUGCUUUCCCUACUGUCUGAAUUAAUUAGGCAGCCUGCUAUUUUAAAGAUUAAAUAAAAGCCACACAUUUCUACUUUGAGAUCACUGUGGUCACUCUUCAUGUCAUAGUUUGCUUUGCUUCUUUUUGGGGUUUUGCCUUAAGUAUUUUCUGCUAAUUUAAGGGAAAUUACUGAUAAAAAUUAUCUUGCUUUAUAUGUUACAUAUCCUAAAAGUAUCAUUUUUGUUGAGUUAGGAAAUAUAUAUAAAGGAAAGACAGGGUAGAAACUUUUCCAUCAAUAAGUAAUACCAAACUGGAGGACAUUAUGCUGAGUGAAAUAAGUCAAUCACAAAAGGACAAAUAUUGUAUGAGACCUCUAUUGUAAAA